AGGGUUUGUCCUUUGAAAUUUUUUGGGACAUUUGCCCGAAAGUCAUUUUCCAAAAUCGGAUUUCACGUGACCGUUUCAAUCGCUGGCCCUGGGGCUCUUCAUCUACCCGCUCAAGCAGCAAUCAGUAGCUCCCUCUUUUUGCUGCAAACAUGUCGCUCGCUGUUCCCGACAAGAAUCAGUUCCAGCACAUUCUUCGUCUUCUCAACACCAAUGUUGACGGAAAGAACAAGAUCAUGGUUGCUUUGACUUCCAUCAAGGGUGUUGGCCGUCGUUAUGCCAACAUUGCUUGCAAGAAGGCCGAUGUCGAUCUUAACAAGAGAGCCGGCGAGUUGUCCAACGAAGAAUUGGAGCGCAUUGUCACCAUCUUGCAGAAUCCCAGCCAAUACAAGAUUCCCAACUGGUUCCUUAACAGACAAAAGGAUAUUGUUGAUGGCAAGUACUCCCAAAUCUUGUCCAACGGUCUUGACAGCAAGAUGCGUGAGGAUCUUGAGCGUUUGAAGAAGAUCCGUAACCACCGUGGUCUCCGUCACUACUGGGGUCUCCGUGUCCGUGGUCAACACACUAAGACCACUGGUCGUCGUGGUAGAACCGUUGGUGUCUCCAAGAAGAAAUAAGCGAUCGCAUUAUACGCAUUGUUUCUUUUGUUUCAAUAAAACCGUUUUGAACUUGUCACAUCCCAUUGAAUCUGUCAUGCGGUGCUUUAAUUUUUGUCGUCAUUACGUCUUUCCCU